AUAUAUAAUACAAACCCCUUCCCAGGACGUUGUACAGACCAGUUGGUAGCGCCACAGCUUAUGGGAUUACCUAAGCGCACUGUGGCGGGAAUUUCAGGCGAUGCCAGAGCUGUUGCGCGGUUGACGGCGUUUGCCGGGGGCGAGCUCCAGCCUCCAGCCUCUGGAGCUCCAGAGCUCCAGCAACUUUGAACGUAGCUAUUGUCUCGCUUGUGCUGGCUUGCUGCCGUCUUCCAGACCUGCACCACUUGUCUUGAGUCCAGCGCACGCUUUUCACACCUACCACGAAACUGGCUAGGUUAUGCAAAUCCUACUGCGACGCCUGUACAAUGGCGGCUUCAACCAUCUCAAGAGCACGCACUUCCUGGUCCAGCGAGCGCCGCGCACCGUCAUCCCCGCGUCUUCGCGGUUUUGCACGACGGACACCCAGGAAAAUAGUGGCCAAUUCUCUGUUCCUUCCAAUAUAGACCGGGAGUCCAGCUCGGACGGCCCAGGCAAGCCCCAGCGCGAAGCCGAACGACUGACCCGCACCGCAAUGUCCGCCGAGUUCGUGAAAGCCAACGAGAAGUACGUCGCCGACUUCGGCGACAAGGGCUCGCUCCCCAUCCCGCCGUCGAAGAAGCUCGCGAUAGUGACGUGCAUGGAUGCUCGUCUGAAUCUGUACGCGCUGCUCGGCGUCAAGGAGGGCGAGGCCCAUAUCAUCCGCAACGCCGGUGGAAUCGCGAAGGACGCUCUCCGUAGCAUCAUCAUCUCACAGCGCCUGCUCGGCACGCGCGAGAUCGCGGUCAUUCACCACACGUCCUGCGGCAUGAUCUCCUUCAAGACACCCCAGCUCCGGUCGCUCAUCAAGGAGUCCGACCCGUCGAACCCCGCCGUCCAGGCGGUCGAUGAGAUCGACUUCCUCGAGUUCUCGGAUCUGGACCAGAGCGUGAAGGACGACGUCGCGUGGUUGAAGGUGAACCCCCUAGUGCUGCCGGAGUCGCAGAUCACUGGGUGGGUGUAUGAUGUGGAGACUGGGACGAUCCGCCAGAUUGUCUGAGUCGGUGCCAGCGAGAAGAAUCUUACAGUGAGAACCUUGGCGAGAAGGCGCCUAGCAAUGUAAAAGAAGAGAAUCUAUGUGUAUGAGAUCUUCCGAACAAUAUAUCAGCUUUCUUGCAGAGAA